CAGCCGGGUCCAGAGGCUGAGCGUGUUUGGAGGGCAGGCCGGAAAGGGGGUGUCUUUUCUUUCCCUCUUCUCGGUGUUCGGGCGGCGCUGACUCUGUCUUCCCUCCCCCCACUGCCGCGUGCCCCGUCUGGCUUCUCCGUGUUAAGUUUUUCCUGGUUCCCGUAGAGAGUUGGGGCCUCAAAGGUCCGAAGUAGCGACCGCUGCCCCGCGCAAGAGUUAGGGGCGCGCCCCUCAUAGGCCCUUGCCUCGAUGGGUCCAACCCGAAAGCCCAACGUGUGCCACCGGCUGAGUCGCCGGGCGCUGGGCUUCUUCUCGCGCGACGCAGGCGUGGUGCAGAGGACGAACCUGGGCAUCCUGCGGGUGCUGGUGUGCCAGGAAAGUACUAAAUUUAAGAAUGUUUGGACAACUCAUUCCAAGUCACCUAUAGCCUAUGAGAGAGGAAGAAUAUAUUUUGAUAAUUAUCGGUGCUGUAUCAGCAGUGUUGCAUCACAGCCAAGAAGACUUUAUGAAAUGCCAAAAUGUUCCAAAUCAGAAAAAAUAGAGGAUGCUUUACUGUGGGAAUGCCCAGUGGGGGAAAUGCUGGCCAGUCCAUCAGAUUAUAAAUCCUCACUCAUAGCACUGACUGCUCAUAACUGGCUACUUCGUAUAUCAGCAACUACAGGAAAAGUCCUUGAGAAAAUAUAUCUUGCCUCAUAUUGCAAAUUCAGAUAUUUGAGCUGGGACACUCCUCAAGAAGUCAUUGCAGUCAAGUCAGCCCAGAACAAAGGCUCAGCUUUGGCCCGGCAGACAGGCAUUCAACAGCCUGUUUUGCUGUACCUUGCAGUGUUCCAUGUUCUACCUUUUUCACUCAUAGGGAUUCUGGAGAUCAGCAAAAAGAUUUUCGGGAAUGUUACAGAUGCUACCUUAUCUCAUGGAAUACUGAUUGUGAUGUACAGCUCGGGACUGGUCAGACUCUACAGCUUCCAAGCCAUCACUGAACAGUUCAUGCAACAGAAACUUGACUUAGGGUGUGCAUGCAGAUGGGGUGGGACUACUGGAACUGUAGGAGAGGCUCCUUUUGGCAUUCCUUGUAAUAUUAAAAUCACAGACAUGCCACCACUGCUCUUUGAGGUAUCCUCCCUGGAGAACGCCUUUCAGAUUGGAGGCCAUCCUUGGCACUACAUCAUCACACCUAAUAAGAAGAAACAGAAAGGAGUUUUCCAUAUUUGUGCCCUUAAAGACAAUUCCUUGGCAAAAAAUGGGAUCCAAGAAAUGGAAUGUUGCUCUCUAGAAUCUGAUUGGAUCUAUUUUCAUCCUGAUGCUUCUGGUAGAAUAAUACAUGUUGGCCCAAAUCAGGUCAAAGUUUUAAAGCUAAAUGAAGUAGGAAAUAAUAGUGCCCAGCACCAGAUCUCUGAAGAUUUUGUCAUUUUGGCCAACAGAGAGAACAAAAAAGAAAACUUACCCACUAUUACAGCUUCUGGACGGGUGGUAAAAAAAAGUUUUAACCUUCUGGAUGACGACCCAGAACAAGAGACUUUCAAGAUUGUGGACUAUGAAGACGAGUUGGAUUUGCUUUCUGUGGUAGCUGUUACCCAAAUAGACGCUGAAGGAAAAGCUCACCUGGAUUUCCACUGUAAUGAAUAUGGAACUUUACUGAAAAGCAUUCCACUAGAGGAGUCAUGGGAUGUGACAUACAGCCAUGAAGUCUACUUUGACAGAGACUUGGUGCUUCACAUAGAACAGAAACCCAGCAGGGUCUUCAGCUGCUAUGUUUACCAGAUGGUAUGUGACCCUGGAGAAGAAGAAGAAACCACAAAUAGAAGCUCCGAAAAAGAGGGAGAUAAUUUUAAAUUUUGAGAUGUAACUUAUGAGACUUUUAGCCAAGUACCCCAGUAGCUGUGUCCAGUCCUCCUUUUUAUUAUCCACUUAGCAAGUUCUCCAGUAUUUUCCAGAAAAGAUCUUGUAUUGACUUCAGACGAUUGUAACUUCUUUUUUGAACUCUUGCCAUACAAGGUGGUGAGGACUGCAUUUUAUAUAAAGGAUUUUUAGAAUACGGUCACAGGAAGUCUAGCAUUUUAGAGCUCUUAGGUAGGUGGUGAUAUAAACAUACAAUGUUGGGAGCAGAGAAGGGCAGGUUAAUUCCAAUUGAUGGGGAGGUAUUUAACAUGGUUCUUAAAGGAUGGUAUGGCAUUUGAUCGGUAAGACUAGGAAGAGAGACAAAAAGGAAGAUACAAAAGAUAAAGAAAGAAAUCCUGUGUCCUUUAUACCAAACUUUGCUUAAGGAUGAGAAAUGAGAUCUAUAAUGUGAAAGCAUACUUUUGAGCCAAAAAUGUGUGAUCACAGGUUGUUUUUUUUUAAAUCUUAUAUAUAUGUGUGUGUUUUGUAUUUGUAUAUAGUAUCAGGAAAUGGCUCUAGUUCCCAAAUUAUGUUUUCUUCCAUGGUUUUAUUCUCUUGGCUUGAUGUUCCCGUUGAUUAUUUAUAUUUCUAUUUUAGACUAGUGUUCAAGAGUCCAAGCAAACUUGAAGUAAAAUGUUUUCCAACAUAUACCCUGUUUAGCUCUUAAUACAUCUAAAAAUGUUCUGUUCAUUUCACCAUUCUGUUUAUUUGGUGUGUCUUCCAAUUCUGCUUCGGCAAUAUUUUCAUACCUAUGCAGUAAGAUAAAGGUGGGGCACACCAGUUCUGCUCCCUGUAGAAGAGUACAGAGUCCUGGGAGUAGCUUGGAACUGACUGCUAAGCUGAAAAAGCUUUUGGCUUUGUCUUAGUUAUGAAAUGAGUAUUUUUUCUUCUUUUUUAGAACUGAUCUCAAUAUGAUCUAUGAACUCAGAUAAUCAUUUUUAAGAAUGUUAAAUAAAAACAAUCUAAGGGAGAAAAUAUUUCUUUGUGCUUCCUGUUUCAGAAAUCCAGUUGCUGGUAAUCCACAUGUUCAGCACAUUUCUCUGAUGCAACCUCAAAAAGAAUAGUUAGUAAAAAUAGAAGAGGAGGAAAAAACAUUAAAAAUCUUUGCUGAUCCAAAUUUAAGGUUAAAAUGAGGGAUUUUUAGCUUGGAUGAGUUACAUAAAAAUCCCUCAGUUUUUCCUUCAGUUUUGGCCUGCUUCCAUGUUAAGAGUAAUGUGAAUUCUGCCCUGUUCUGCCCUGGAAGUUUGCAGAUAAAUUUCAAGCUUAUUAUGAUCAACAGGGCUGAGGAGAGAGAGUUAUUAGCUAUUCCCAAAGUCAAGAAAUUCGUAGCAGAGUCCAUAAUUUCAAAGAAAUAAAGGGAACAAACCCAAAACCAUCUUUUGUGCAACAGAAAAGAAGAUUGGUAACAUUUUAGAAUAAGGGAAAAUAUUUAUAUGUGGGCUGAAAAUAUAAUCUUUCUGAAUCUGCUCCUAUGUAUUAUAACCAUUUGGGAAAGUAGAAGUGAUUAUUACCUCAUGAGCAAGAUGAUAAAACUGUCUUCAUAUAUUAAAUUCUAAUACCUUUACAUGCACUAAUUGAAAAAUCCAUUCUCAUUUUAUGCAUAUUUAACAGUACUUUUUAAUAUAGUAUUUGAAGCUUUCAGAGCAUUUUGGAGACAUGAUGUGAUUACAAAGCAGUUGAAUAGUUACAGUGUGCUGGAUAUAGCCCCAAACUUCCAAUUAGACACUAGCUAAACAGUCCUGCCCAGUUAAUUUAAAUCUUGAAAGAGAGUAAAAAUACCAGAGAAAAGAAAGAAAUCAGUGUUGUGUGGGUUUCAAAGGAGAUGCAGUGCUAUAAUAAAGCAUAAAGCCUACUCUCCAUUUCCAAAAGUGUUUCAGAAAAGGAUGUCUGAAGACUUAAAUCCUGUCAGAUAUUUUCAAAAAGGGGUUUAUUGAGUUCCCCUUCUCCUUUAAGUUAGUCUUCUUUUGAUGAAAUGCUUAAAAGGAACUCAUUUUCUCAGCAAGGCAUCUGAGAGCCGCAAUUCCUUCCUGCUUUGUUGGUGAGGUUGUGUGGAAUACUUCUAGUCUAGGUAUGAACUGACCACUGAGAAACUCCUAAUGUCUCACCAUUGCCAACAUCAGACUAGACCAGGAUCCAAAUGCCAUGUGGGCCAGGCAGGAAAGGUACUUAGUGUGAAUGACAGCAGGGAGUUGUGGGCCAUGGAACAAACGGAGGGCUAUGCCCCAACUGAAAGAACACGCUGCUACUGCUUCAUUUCAGGCAACUGUAACAUUAUGUGGGAAUGUGGGCUGCAUGAUUGUUAACAGGAUGGUUGAUAAAAAGAUGGCAAAAGAUACAGAUGAUAGCAAGGAUUGUGGAAAAUUAGCAGAUAACACAUAUAGCAGGAGAUAUUAACAUCAUGCUUCCCAGAAAUGUCUUUUCAGAAAAAUAUGGGCUUCCCAGCUCCCCACAGUGGCUUGCAACUACUCAUUCUGCCACCUGCCAGGCAUGAGAUUGCCAUUCUCUUGGAGGUGGAGGGAAGUGGUGGUUAAUAUCCUCCUGCCCCAUCUUAAGUCCACCUCUCUACCUGACGGUGUUAGACUUGAGCAGUGUGCUCACCUACUUAGCAGGUGCUAGUGGCAGGCAUAAACGUUAUGGGGUAACAUUUCUGAGUGUUUAAUGCAAGACUGGGUGAAGCAGGGUAACCUCUUUCAGCAGGUCCAGAUAUUAAGCUGAUAAGAGGUAUAUUUCUGCGUGUCGCUCCUUGAUCUAAGAUUCUGUAUUCUCACAAUAUCAAUGCAGCAAGAUUAUUGUUUUUUGACUUUCUAAAACAUUUCUUGCAACGCUGGGAGAAAACAAAACAAUCUUAUCAUAGUUACUAUUUAAACUACAUAAUGAGGGGAUGGUAUUGUUCUAUUUAAACAAAUUAAGGUACUCCACGUUCUUCCACCAAUUGAAUGUUUUGUUUCUUGUACGUGAUUUUUAAAAAUAACAUAUUUAAUGAUUGCUUUCUAUCUACCAGUCAUUGUGAUACAUGUAAAAUGAAUUGUCUCACUUAACAUUCAAAAUAGCCACAUGAGGUAUGAACGACAUUAUUCUUUCCCAUUGUACAAAUUAGGAAAAGGAGGCUUACAGAAGUUCAUUUGCCUGGGAUUCCACAAUUAAUAUGUGCAGAGAUGGGAAACCCAUCCAGAUUUGUUUGACAGAAACUUUAUUCCAAAUUUCCUCCAAAGCUGUCAAAAAACCCCACACCAAAUGAUGAUAUUGUUUUAGCCCACAUAUAGCAUACGGACAAUUAUAAUGUUGGGUGCAUAGGAAAAUGUUUAAUAAGUGUUCUUUUAAUGAUGAUUGGAUACCCAAAUUUUGGGUGCAGUUGGCCUGUUCACACGUAUAACUUGACGUAGAAGACGAUUCUUCAUUCAGAGGUUAAAAGUCAUUUUUUAAAAAGGCACAGAAAAAUGGUACUCUCAUUCUGUUUGUGCUGUUAAUAAACACCAGUAUUAGUAAUUACUCUUAAUGUAACGACUUCCUUUUGAAUAAUUUUUAUAUUUUCUUAUGUUUCUUACCAUAUUUACAUAUAUCAUCUACCUUUUAGAAUUUCAAGGAAAUUUCAGAGACUAAUUCCAGGUCCCUGUAUUGCAACAGAAUCUAUCUUAUACAAUAGAAAAAUAAUUUAUUUCUGGCAAAGGAUAUAUUAUAGAAAGAUAAGACCAACCGAGGGCUUUCCUCCAUCAUUUUGUUAUGAAAAUUUUCAAACAUACAGCAAAGUUGACAAAAUUUUAUGUAAAUACCCAAAUACCAACCACAUGGAUUCUGAGUUUCACACUGCAUGUUUUGUUACUUAUCUGUCCAUGUUACUUUUAUGAUUCAUUUCAAAAUAAAUUCACAUCAGCGUACUUUCCCCUAAUACUUCAACAUGCAUAUCAGUUUAAUAUUGUUUAGUUUUUUAAAUUUUUGAUGUACACUUACAUGCAACAAAGUGCACAAAUGUUAGGUAUAAAUUUGCUGAGUUUUUACAAAUGCAUACACCUCUGUAACCCAAACGCUUUACAAAACUAAGAACAUUGCAAUCAUCCCAGAAAGUUUCCUCAUGCCUCUUUCCGGUCAGUUCUACCCCACCUAAUAGGGUUUAUAUGCUGUCCUGAGUAUUUUGCCUCACAGAUUAAAUUUGCCUAUCUAAAACUUUAUAUAAAUGAUUUCAUACGCAGCAUAAUGCUUUCACUCCACAUAUUUUUCAGAUUAAUUCAGGUUGCUUGUAUCUAUCAGUGGUUCAUUCCUUUUUAUUGCUGAGUAUUCUUUUGUAUGAAUAUGUCACAGUUUGUUUUUUCAGUUUUCCUGUUCAUGGACACCUGGGCUGUUUCUGUUUUUGUUUGUUUUUAACUGUUAUGA